CAGUGAAGAUGUCUAAUGAGCCGCCCCCUCCGUAUCCUGGGGGCCCCACAGCUCCCCUUCUGGAGGAGAAAAGUGGAGCCCCACCUACCCCAGGCCGCGCCUCCCCAGCUGUGAUGCAGCCCCCUCCAGGCAUGCCUCUGCCCCCAGCAGACGUUGGCCCCCCACCCUAUGAGCCACCCAGUCACCCAGUGCUCCAGCCCGGCUUUGUCCCCCCCCAUGUGAACCCAGAUGGAGCCUACAUGCCUCCAGGUUUCUACCCUCCUCCAGGACCCCACCCUCCUAUGGGCUACUAUCCACCAGGGCCCUACCCCCCCGGGCCUUAUCCUGGCCCGGGGGGCCACACGGCCACAGUCCUGGUCCCUUCAGGGGCUGCCACCACGGUGACAGUGCUGCAGGGAGAGAUCUUUGAGGGCGCACCUGUGCAGACAGUGUGUCCCCACUGCCAGCAGGCCAUCACCACCAAGAUCUCCUACGAGAUCGGCCUGAUGAACUUCGUGCUGGGCUUCUUCUGCUGCUUCAUGGGAUGCGACCUGGGGUGCUGCUUGAUCCCCUGCCUCAUCAACGACUUCAAAGACGUGACUCACACAUGCCCCAACUGCAAGGCCUACAUCUACACGUACAAACGCUUGUGCUGACGGAUCUGGACUUGACCCCGCUUGUCAGUCUGGUCCUUGUGCUUUGCUCCCCACACUCAGAGGCCCGCUCCUCCUCCCACGGGGCUGGAAGCCACCUCACCGGUCCCAGGAAGUCCCCUGUUCUUCGCCUUGCCCU